UUCAUAAAAUAUGAUGUCUGACAUGUGUGCAGAUAUGAGUAAUUUAAAGACACGUGUGCGGCAGAUUGCCUAUAUAUGUAAUUUAGCGCAGACGGUUGAAGUAGUAUGAUGUGGAACGUGGCAAUGUUUUCAAACAUUCUGUAUUUUCUUAUUUUCAUUGUGAGCAUCGAAGGAGUUCCUGUAGCUAAAACUAAGUAUGGUUUAAUUAAAGGACAAAAAGUUACUGUACAGUUCGAGGAAAAGAAGUUCAAAAUCGUAAAGUUUUUGGGAAUUCCGUAUGCAAAGCCACCAGUUGGUGAUCUCCGAUUUCGGAAACCAGAAAUGAUAUCUUCGCUUCCAACAAAUCCGUUUGAGGCAACAACAAUGGGAGCUAUUUGCCCACAAACAAACAUCGGUGUGAGUAGCUCUGAGGAUUGUCUGUUUUUGAAUAUUUAUGCGCCACUGACGGCCUCAAAAGGUAAUCGUAAGCCGGUAAUGAUAUAUAUCCAUGGAGGCGGUUUUAUAGUAGGAUUUUCGGAUUUAUACGAUGGCAGUAUACUUAGUGCCUAUGGUGAUGUCAUUUUGGUUUCAAUGAAUUAUCGCCUUGGUCCUUUAGGUUUUUUUCAUACGAAGGAUAAUGAAUCACUGGGCAAUUAUGGUUUAUGGGAUCAGCAGUUGGCUAUACAAUGGGUAUCUGAGCAUAUUGAAGCAUUCGGGGGAGACAACACAAGAAUCACAAUAUUUGGUCAUUCAGCGGGCGGAAGCAGCGUUGUUUAUCAGGCUUUGUACCCUGGAAACGAUGGGUUGUUUAAACGUGCUAUUGCACAGAGUGGUACCGUCGCUUCAUGGGCAGUAAACAGGUUUGAUUCAAACUUCCAAGCAUCCAUGAAUUUCGCAACGUAUGCUGGUUGUGGCGGUUUAAACAGCACAUUGAUGCUUCAGUGUCUUCGGAACAUAACAUCGGCUGAUAUGACGUCUACGACAGAAGCCUACCAAGCUUUAAAUCCUUUAACUUUGGUAAAUAAAGCAUGGAAUCCAGUUCUCGACAAUGAGUUUGUUUUAACAGCAACAGUUGAACUCUUGCAGGAAAUAGGUGAUACAACCAGAAAUUCCAAAUUUACUACUUUCAAAAAUGUUGACUUGAUGAUAGGCGCAACCAAUCUAGACGGAAAUGUUUUUUUACCGAAUUGGUUGCAUUCGAUCAAUACGUCAUCGUACGCACCUACGACAGGUUUCUUUGGUGUCACAUCGGAACAGUUCGAAAAAGUUAUAGUUCCCAUGGCUGCAGCAAUGUUUCUGGGAGAACAGCCGUGUAAUGUGACACUUGAUGCUGUUAAAGCUGAGUAUACAGCUCCUGACAAUCUAACACGUCGAUUGCAGAAUCUAAUUGAUAUAGGUACAGAUUCUGCAUUGAAUGCUCCUUCUGUUGCGACGGCAAGAGCGCACAGGAACAAUAGCACAUCAACAUAUAUGUACCAGUUUGCAACGGCCUUUGUAAAUCAGCUCUUUCCCGUACCACCUGUUCUUCUUAACGAGGAAAGCGCCGGCCAUGCAGACGAUCUUGGAUUCGUGUUUGGAUUUCCUGGCACAUUGCUGCUUCUAUUUGGAGUGAAUCCAGUCAACGUCACAGACGAGCAAAAGAAGGUAUCGAAAGCAAUUAUGACCAUGUGGACCAACUUUGCCAAAACUGGAAAUCCAAACGCACCGGUGGACCUGCAGUCUAUUUAUAGCGGUCUACAAUGGCCGUUAUACGAAACACUGACAGAGGCCUACCUUAAAAUCACACCGAACAUGAAUGCAGAUUCCGUAAAGACAAAACUUGCUGAACGUGCAGUUGAAUUCUGGAAUGAUGAGCUACCCGGCAUUCAGUCUUCUUGUUAACAAUAGAUUUGUCAUAAUAUCAUUCUUAUUGCACACGCUGACGAAAUUAGUAAACAAUAUAAUCCUGAAAUAAAAGGCACGACAACUUGAUAAUCUUGAUGAAUAAAUUGCAAGCAUAA